AUUCUGGCUUAAGCCGUUCCUUUGCAGAGGCAUUUGCAUAGUUUCAUUGUGACCGCAUUGGGGGAAUGAGCUCGGCGCUAUCCGUCCUGAAUGCCGCUGGCUUUCUGCUGAAUGCUGUCGCCACGGGACUUGCCCAGUCGAAGAUCCAGCCGUUCGGCGUCGUCGCUGGGAAGUAUAUCAGCCUGUUGUCGCCGGAGAAAUGGGCCUUUUCGAUUUGGGGUGUCAUAUUCCCAUGGCAGGCCCUCUUGACGGUAGCGCAGCUUUUUCCGCCUCUCAGCGCCUCGGAUGUCUUGAUCGGGUUCGGCCCUUGGUGGUUCUUUGCUUGCCUGAGCCAGAGCUGCUGGGCACUUGCAUUCAGCAGCGAGCGUAUCGAGUUGUCUAUGAUUUUCAUGGCUGGCAUCGUACUCGGCCUGGGCGUGGCUUUGUGGGAGAGCCGAGACUCGGCCAACUAUUGUAGCCUUUCAGAGUUUUGGCUCCUGUUGGCCCCGAUCUCCUUACACUUCGGAUGGAUUGUUGCUGCGGCUACUGUUGGCGCGAACAUCCUGGUCAUGAAGUGGGCACCAGAUGACCACAUCUUGCUUGGCUUUGUAGCGGUCGCGUCUUGCCUCGGCAUCCUCGGCAUCGGGAUUUCUGUUGGCCUUUGGCUGAAGGCUGCAGGGCCUCUAGCAGUAGGAGCAAUGGCCUGGGCUCUUCUGGCAUCGGCCGACAGAGUGCGAAGCAGUGGUACCUACGGCAUACUGUCGCCCUCGGUGACUUCGGCUCUGUUCUGGUCCGCAGCAGCUGCCGGCGUGGUGCUUUUGGCACUCUCGCUCUGGGCUGGAGCGGGCAACGCUUCGCGCAGAUUUAUUCGCGACUUCCUGUGAUCGCGCUGGGCAAGGCGGAGCCGAGCGCUGCAGCGCGUGGCGGUUUCGAAGCACCGAUAUAUUACUAGCCGGCCGCUCUGCGGUUGAUCGGGAGUUUCUGUACAUAGAAGAAGGUGCGUGCGCUUGUUGGCGAGGGUGAUGAGGUUCCUCCUCCUCCUCCUCCUCCUCCU